AUGAGCGCCGCUAUCAUCGGGGUGAUCGUCGGUGUCCUCGUCGUGCUUGUUAUCGCCGGGUUCGUCGUCUACCGCUUCAUGGGCGCCACGACCCAUCGAGAGAGCGAGAAGCACUUUAUGCAGGAGUACCCGCCCACGAAAUUCACGACCAUCGCUGCUACGACCGCCUCGCACCAUUUGUCCGAGAGCCAUACGCAGAGCACGCCUACCGAGUACGACUUUACGACGCUCGAUAUGCCUUCGACAACGGCUAAGGCCCCCGCGAGUUCAUCUCCUGACCCUUUGGCGUUAUCGAUUGCGAUGCUCAAUGCAGCGCCCAGUAGUGUGCCAGCUCCGCCUUUGGAACCAAAGCGGUACAACUUUGACCCGGCUCAAUCUACAGUCAAUGGGGCGGCCCCAUCCACGUCCCCGUUCAAUAGGAAGGAUGCAGUCCAGCCAUCGCGACCUAGUUACAGCAAUUUUGAAGCCCACUCAAUGGAAUUCAGUGCUGCAUCAGGGAGCUACGUCGAGUCGUACACUGAGUCUUAUGCUGGCUCGUUUGCCGGGUCCAUGGCAGGGUCGUACGCGAAUUCCUUCUCGGGCACGUACGACGGACAGGGCGUGCUCAACUCCUUUGAUAGUAGUGCCGAUGCUUUCGGACGGGAUACAGUUGGCACGACGGUCUCGGAUGCACAAGGAGGAGGAGGACGGGACAGUCAAACUCGACCAACUACGGGAGACGGCGACCAAUCGCACUGGAUGGACGACAUGCGAGGCACAAACGAUAGCUACGCGAUGCUCGAGUCGGGCUCCUUUGACCGGACGUCGGCACUUUCCCGCUUUUCCACGGACUCGGACUUGACAGGUCGACCUACGCAGACAUAA